ACUACACUGUGGCGCACGGAGGAGAGAGGACGUGCUCCCAGAAUCCAGAGGAGCGACACUUGGAGUGCGCCUUUUUUCUUCUUCUUUACAAACCAAGACUUUGUCGCUUAAUCUUAUUCCAUCCGUGUAAAGUCUCCUUGUUGGAAAAUGUUCAGCCAAACCGCUCUACACUUAGAUCGGUCCUACCUUCACGACCCAGCUUCUUUAUAGACUUUACUUUUUUUUCCUCCUCUUGUCGCGCUGAACACGAACUACAACCUGAACUGCAGCUGGUGAGAAUAUGUGCGAGAGUCGAUCGGUGAAGGGUCUGGACUGCCUGAGGUCCCCCAAGAAGAAGCAGCGUGGAUUAAACACGAAUUAAUGUGGACUUUAUCGGAGCCCAAAGGUGGAACGACGAGCAGACACAGCGCUUCCUCGUCAGGGACUGACUGAUCAUGGUCGCCGUGGUCCGCUCUCUCAUGGUACUGCUGCUCGCUCAGGUGUUGCUGGAAGGUGCUGCGGGACUUAUCCCUGACGUGGGCCGGAGGAAAUACAGCGAAUCGGGGAAGCAGAGCCCGGAGCAGUCGGAGAGCUUCCUCAACGACUUUGAGCUUCGCCUUCUUAAUAUGUUUGGACUGAGGCGCAGACCGACGCCGAGCAAGCACGCCGUGGUGCCGCAGUACAUGGUGGACUUAUACCGCAUGCACUCAGCAAACGGGGACCACAGCACCAAGCGACCCAAGAGCAUGGGGAAACACGCAGAAAGAGCCGCCAGCAAGGCCAACACAAUUAGAAGCUUUCACCACGAAGAGUCUAUGGAGGCCUUGGCCAGCCUGAAAGGCAAAACAACCCAGCAGUUCUUUUUCAACCUCACUUCUAUCCCUGACGAGGAACUUAUCACCUCCGCAGAGCUUCGCAUCUACAGGGACCAGGUCACUGGAGAAGCACACCCCAACAAUAGCUCCAGAAACAGCAGCAGCAGCAGCAGUGGUUCGGCUGGAGGCCUUCAUCGAAUCAACAUUUAUGAGAUUUUUGGAGCACCUGCCAGUCAGAACGGGGAAACUCUAGCACGUCUGCUGGACACUCGGUUAGUACAGGACUCUCUAAGCCGCUGGGAGAGCUUUGAUGUCAGCCCUGCUGUAUCUCAGUGGACUUCUGGCAAACGCCACAACCAUGGCUUCAUGGUUGAAGUUUUUCACCCACACCAAGGAGAGGUGGAGGAGCGACAUGCCCAAAAGCGUAGUAGGCAUGUUCGGGUGAGCAGGUCCCUGCACCAGGACCAGGACUCUUGGCCACAAGCUCGGCCAUUGCUGGUGACGUACAGCCACGAUGGCCGCGGUGACUCGGUGCUCCACACACGAGAAAAACGCCAAGCAACUCUGCGCAAAAACCGCAGGAAGCAACAGCACAAGGCGAGCUGCAGGAGGCAUGACCUAUAUGUGGACUUUAGUGACGUAGGAUGGAAUGAGUGGAUAGUGGCGCCCCCUGGUUACCACGCCUUUUAUUGCCACGGGGAAUGUCCGUUCCCGCUAGCAGACCACCUAAAUUCUACCAAUCAUGCCAUUGUACAGACACUGGUCAACUCAGUCAACUCAAACAUCCCCAAAGCCUGUUGUGUGCCCACUGACCUCAGCGCCAUCUCCCUGCUCUACCUGGAUGAAAAUGGGAAGGUCAUCCUAAAGAACUACCAGGACAUGGUGGUGGAGGGAUGUGGGUGCCGGUGAGAAACAGUGGCACGAAUAAAAAAAGACUGAAAGGUUACUAAGGACACCCGGUUUCCCAAUGAAGACAUUUAUUUAUAUAAAAGAUAGACAAACAGAACUAUUGUGGAAGAAGAAAAACUAUAUAUGAAUAUAUUUAUGUCUACUUAAGUUGGGAAAAAUAAAUAUUUUAAUCAGAGGAAUAUUCCUUGACUGGUUUUGAAAAUGUAUUUCUGAUGUACAUUUCGAAAUGGGUGCAAUACCACAUGAAGUAUAAUGCUCAGAUUUUUAUUUUGUAUUUAUUUCUAUUAUAACCACUUUAUUUGUAAAUAAAUGUGUAUUUAUCAUGAAA